CGUUGAUAGUGAUACAAUUUAUCUCUCUAUUUCGCAUUCCAGAAUCGCUUCCUUCGCCAGCGUUCUCCGCCGCCGCCGGGACUUCUUUGCAUCUUUGCUUCGCUUCGUCUCCAUUUCGGAUAAGAUUCGCGGUUCCUAGGCGCCUCUCCCUCUGGUGAGAAACCUAGGGUUUAACUCCGAGAUCACGCAGCAGUAGGGGGGGAAAUCGUAGAGGGUUGGAUUGGAAGAAGGAUGCCGCACAGGACGCGGCCAUUGGCAGGGCUCUUGAUUUUCACGGGAAUAAACAUUGUGUUGGUGGAGACGAUCACUCCAGUCUAUGACUUUGUCUGCUUCCUUCCUUACUGGGAAAGAAGGAGAGAACGAAUCCGGCAGGAGCGUGAAGCUGUUGCAUUAUCAAAGGGCACAAACUAAAGGUCAGGAACCUCUGUUCGAGCCGAGCCACUGUUGAUCGUAUUCUUACCAUUCAACGACAAGAACCAUGACUCUUCAGAGAAGUAAGCUGUUGACAUUCACUUUGUCGUGUUGCCCAUUUUGUGGUCCUUGUGUUCUUCCCAUCAUCACUCUCACGAUGAUGAUGAUGUCCGUUGGAAGGUCUUGAAACUCUCGUUUUGUCUGAUAACAACUUAGUUUGUCCGGAGAUGAACAUACACACUUUCAAAACCCGUCACUCACCACCAUGCCUGUUUACUCGAAAUCGUACAAAUUAUGGUUGUCGACUGUUUUGUUGGUGUACAGUCGCACGUGCCUUUUUAUUUAGAUUUUGUCGUGUUGUGGGUC